AUGAACUUAUCUAGAAGUAUGCUCGCCUGCGCGCGAAUAGCUUCAAGGGCACCGCGAAACGUUACGAUUCGAAAUUCAUGGUCUCGAAAGGCUUCAACCAAGAGUCCUCCAAUUCCACAAGCCGCGAAAUUACAAAAUGCUUCAAGAUCUCUUCAUUCUCAGAGCGCUCGAAAGUCUAGCUCUGCAGACAUUGCGGUAGCUUCGAAUCCAGCAAUGGCAUUUCCUUGUUUGGACGCCCUCGAAUCGAAAUCUGCGACUCUUGAAGCAAGAUCUCUAUCAAGUGGCCCCGAGCCUUCCUAUACGAGCGGCGCGACACAAAUAUAUCAUUGCGAAGACCCAUUAUUACUAGACUGGGGAGGAGUGCUGCCAGAAUUUGAAAUUGCGUAUGAGAGCUGGGGAGAAAUGAAUGCAGACAAAUCGAAUGUUAUCCUGCUACACACCGGCUUAUCGGCCUCAUCACACGCCCAUUCAACAGAGAAGAACCCAAAGCCUGGAUGGUGGGAGAAGUUUAUAGGGCCUGGAGGAUGUUUAGACACGAAUAAAUACCAUGUAAUCUGCACAAAUGUCAUAGGAGGAUGUUAUGGCUCGACAGGACCACGAAGUAUAGAUCCAGCAGACGGGAAAAGAUACGCCACCAGAUUCCCAAUUCUCACAAUGGAAGACAUGGUACGAGCCCAGUUUCGACUCCUCGACGGCUUAGGCAUUUCAAAGUUAUACGCAAGCGUAGGAGCAAGUAUGGGCGGCAUGCAAUCUCUAGCAGCAGGCGUCCUAUUCCCAUCCCGAGUCGGUCGAAUAGCCAGUAUCUCAGGCUGCGCACGAAGUCAUCCAUAUAGCAUCGCAAUGCGCCAUACCCAACGACAAGUCCUAAUGAUGGACCCUCACUGGAACCGCGGCUUCUACUACGACACCAUCCCACCACACGCAGGAAUGAAGCUCGCCCGCGAAAUAGCAACAGUAACCUACCGCUCCGGACCAGAAUGGGAGCAGCGAUUCGGUCGUCGUCGUGCAGACCCGUCUAAACAACCAGCUCUCUGCCCGGAUUUCCUAAUCGAAACAUAUCUCGACCACGCCGGCGAGAAAUUCUGCCUCGAAUAUGACGCUAAUAGCCUGCUAUACGUGAGCAAAGCAAUGGAUCUUUUUGACCUAGGUGCUGCUGCUCAAUCCGCAACCGCUACUCGUCGCGCGGCGAAUUCGUCCCGUGUCUCCUCCCAGAAUCCAACCCUUAAUCCCGAAGACUCCUCAUGCUCACUCACCCUCCCAUCCACACCAUACGAAGAACAACCCUCCUCCCAACCGGACCUCUCCACUCCAGUCUCUCCCUCCACCACUCCUCCCGCAGACCUUAUCGAAGGCCUCAAAGCGCUACGCGAUCACCCAGCGCUCGUCAUCGGCGUCGGCAGCGAUAUCCUUUUCCCGGCCUGGCAGCAGCGGGAGAUUGCCGAGACGUUGCGGCGGGGAGGGAAUGGGAAGGUUACACAUGUGGAGUUGGGUGAGGAUGUUAGUCUUUUUGGGCAUGAUAGCUUUUUGUUGGAUUUGGAACAUAUUGGGGGGAGUUUGAGAGGAUUUUUGGGGUGA